AGCAAGAACAAUGCGAAGGAAAUGAGCUUGACAGAAGAGUACUCUGUGUGUAUGCGCGCGCGAGAGAGAGACAGUGAGGGUGUCUGCAUGCAUGUGCAUGAGUGAGGGAGAGGAGGGGGGCUGUGGAUGAGGAAGGGUUUCUCUCUCUCUCUCUCUCUCUCUCUCAGAGCUCAGUUAAUCCUGCUGUCAGUUGGUGUUAAGGCAACGAUCUAAGCGCUGGAUUCCAAGAGAAAGGGACACGCAGCAUAGUGGAGGAAGCGAGGACCCCAAAGAAAGACACCAGAAGAGGGGGAAAUAUCAAAUCUAUGCUUGGACCUGGGCUUCUUUCUCGCCAAUGCAAAAGGGAAUAUGCAGCACAUUUUUGCCUUCUUCUGCACCAGUUUCCUAGGGGCAGUGUUGGGGGUCAAUUUCCCCAGCAACAUCCAGAUAGGGGGAUUAUUUCCUACUCAACAAUCCCAGGAACAUGCAGCUUUUAUGUUUGCAUUGUCUCAGUUCACAGAGCCCCCCAAGCUGGCUCCCCAGAUUGACAUUGUGAAUAUUAGUGACAGCUUUGAAAUGACCUACACCUUCUGUUCACAGUUCUCCAAGGGUGUCUAUGCUAUCUUUGGCUUUUAUGAGAGGAGGACCGUCAACAUGCUCACAUCCUUCUGCGGGGCACUCCAUGUUUGCUUUGUAACACCCAGCUUCCCUGUCGACACAUCCAACCAGUUUGUUCUACAAUUGCGCCCAGAACUGCAGGACGCUCUCAUCAGUGUUAUAGAAUACUACAAGUGCCAGAAAUUUAUGUACAUUUACGAUGCUGACCGGGGCUUGUCAGUCCUUCAAAAAGUUCUGGACACAGCUGCAGAGAAGAACUGGCAAGUGACAGCUGUCAAUAUCAUGACAACAACAGAAGAGGACUACAAGUCAUUAUUCCAGAAUCUGGAGAAAAAGAAAGAACGGGUCGUGGUAGUGGACUGCGAAUCAGAGCGACUAAAUGCUAUUUUGGGCAAGAUCAUCAAGCUUGGGAAAAAUGGGAUAGGAUACCACUAUAUUCUUGCAACUUUGGGAUUCAUGGAUAUUGACCUAGCAAAAUUCAAGGAAAGUGGAGCAAAUGUGACUGGGUUCCAGUUGGUAAACUACUCUGACAGCAUCCCAGACAAGAUCAUGCAACAGUGGAAGAGCAACGAUGCCAGAGAGCAGCCUCGUGUUGACUGGAAGAGGCCAAAGUACACAUCUGCUCUGACAUAUGAUGGAGUUCGGGUAAUGGCAGAAGCUUUCCAGAGUCUCAGGAAACAGAGAAUUGACAUCUCCCGUCGUGGGAAUGCUGGAGAUUGCCUUGCAAAUCCUGCUGUUCCAUGGGGACAAGGAAUUGACAUUCAGAGAGCCCUGCAACAGGUGCGAUUUGAAGGACUAACGGGUAAUGUCCAAUUUAACGAGAAAGGACAUCGAACUAAUUACACCCUUCAUGUGAUGGAAAUGAAACAUGAUGGGACCAGAACGAUUGGUUACUGGAAUGAAGAUGAAAAACUUGUCCCAACAGUCACAGAACAAGGUGCAAAUGAAACGACAAACCUCCAGAACAGGACCUACAUAGUUACUACUAUUUUAGAAGCCCCGUAUGUGAUGCAGAAAAAGAACAACGAGCAGCUAAAUGGAAAUGACAGGUAUGAAGGAUAUUGCGUAGAGUUGGCUGCUGAGAUCGCAAAACAUGUUGGCUAUGACUACCGGUUGCAGAUUGUUGCUGAUGGGAAGUAUGGAGCCCGAGAUCCUGAAAAUAAAUUAUGGAAUGGCAUGGUCGGGGAGCUAGUAUAUGGAAGAGCUGACGUGGCCGUUGCGCCAUUAACCAUCACUCUAGUGCGAGAGGAAGUUAUAGACUUUUCUAAGCCAUUUAUGAGCCUGGGCAUAUCUAUCAUGAUUAAAAAACCACAAAAAUCCAAACCCGGAGUCUUUUCCUUUCUGGAUCCCUUAGCUUAUGAGAUCUGGAUGUGCAUUGUUUUUGCCUACAUCGGAGUCAGCGUUGUCCUCUUCCUGGUCAGUCGCUUCAGCCCUUAUGAGUGGCAUAACGAGGAGCUGGAGGAAGGACGUGACCAGCCAGCCAAUGACCAAACAAAUGAAUUUGGGAUCUUUAAUAGUCUUUGGUUCUCCUUGGGAGCUUUUAUGCAACAAGGAUGUGAUAUAUCACCAAGAUCUUUGUCUGGACGUAUAGUUGGUGGGGUCUGGUGGUUUUUCACCUUGAUCAUAAUCUCUUCUUAUACAGCCAACCUAGCUGCAUUCUUGACAGUAGAGAGGAUGGUGUCUCCAAUAGAGAGUGCAGAAGACUUGGCCAAGCAAACAGAGAUAGCUUAUGGGACGCUGGAAUCUGGUUCUACUAAAGAAUUCUUUAGGAGAUCUAAAAUAGCGGUUUUUGAGAAGAUGUGGACGUACAUGAAGUCAGCUGAGCCCUCUGUUUUCGUGCUGACAACAGAAGAGGGGAUGAAACGUGUGAGGAGGUCGAAAGGGAAGUAUGCCUACCUGCUAGAAUCUACCAUGAAUGAGUACAUUGAGCAGAGAAAGCCAUGUGACACCAUGAAGGUGGGAGGUAACUUGGAUUCCAAAGGCUAUGGCAUUGCAACGCCAAAAGGUUCACCACUGAGAAACCCAGUAAACCUGGCAGUGUUAAAACUGAACGAGCAGGGGCUUUUGGACAAAUUGAAAAACAAAUGGUGGUACGACAAGGGCGAGUGCGGCAGCGGGGGAGGUGACUCCAAGGACAAAACAAGUGCUUUGAGUCUCAGCAAUGUGGCCGGUGUUUUCUACAUCCUCAUCGGUGGGCUUGGACUAGCCAUGCUGGUUGCCUUAAUCGAGUUUUGUUACAAGUCCAGAAGUGAAUCAAAACGGAUGAAGGGUUUUUGUUUGAUCCCACAGCAAUCAAUCAAUGAAGCCAUACGGACAUCAACCCUCCCCAGAGCAUCAGCAGCAGGAACCAGCAGUGGAGAAAAUGGACGGGUGGUGAGCCACGAUUUCCCCCAAACCAUGCAGGAGAUUCCAUGCAUGGGUCACAGCUCUGGGAUGCCCCUGGGAGCGACGGGAUUAUAAUUGAUGGAUUUUCUGGAUUAGAGCGGGGGCUCGCUGGCCCCAGACUCUCCAGUGCAAAACCAAACCAAUCUAUUCAAGAAGAGGGACAAGUCAAUGGAUCCUCCAGAGGAAAUCAGAUCUAUUUUCCUUUGUUUUUCUUUGUCUGUGUGUAUGUGUGUUUUUCUAUCUUGCAGUAAAUCCACAGGCAGAAGAAAGUACAACCUGCAUUGCAAUAAGGAGAGGGCAACUGGACUGAACAGAAUUUGGAGACAUCCCUGAGUACACAGUUACAGAAACACUGAGGAAGACAGCGCCAUUUUGUUUUUAACUUGGUUGUUAAUAAGUUCUUAGUGUGUGCAAUAUAUAUUUUUCUUACUAAUUCCCAAUGUCAGGGUAAUGUCAGCCCUGCCCUGCUCAACAGUUUAAAAUCAGGUUUAGUUUGGGAUGCAAACCAUAAAUGUCUGUGCUACUAACAGUAAAGAAAAGCAAGCAAACAAACAAAAAAGCAAGUCCUUUGAGACAACAGGACUCUUCUGUGUUUUAAAAUUGUUGCAACAAGGCCAUUUAGGCCAUUGAAAGAGGUCUCCAUUUAAUUGUUAAAUGAAGGACUUCAAAGACACUUGAAAGAGAAGCCUAACAUGGAGAAAAGAAUAGGAAGACUUUUAGUUGGAGAUACAGGCGAGUUGUUGCCGGAAUUAGAAGAGCCCAAGUAAAUAGAGGCAAAUGUGACCUUCAUUCCAGAGUCUAAGAGUGAAAUGUGAAUGAAAAGUCUUGCAAGUUUGGGGCAUAUCAGCCCUCAGAAUAUUCACCUGAUAGGCAACAAUGGGCAGCUAAGACCAUGGCUGUAUCCUACAUAUGGGGAAAAACCAAGAAAAUGCAACAUAUAUAUAACAUAUCCUCCCUGCCUGUCUUCUCAAAAGUGAAGAGGCAACCGUCAGCCAUUUCCUCAUUCCUGCACUUCUGUAAGGUUUCCUUUUCAUGGUGAUCUUUGACUCGAGGACCUUCAUAUUUCAACAAACUUCUACAGAAUACUCUACAGCAAAAACUUCUACAGAAUACUCUACAUGAAUCAGUUAAUCAGACUUAUACAUCAGGACUGUUUUGUGUACAUUUGGCUUUUUGGUCUUUGUGGGCCAUAUCUGAUUGACAUGCUAUGGAGUAAUUGGGCCGUAUUCAGAUUUAGUGUGACCAAAAAUAAAAUAAAAUAAAAAUCAAGAUUUCCCUGAAUGACACCAACAAGAAGGGCAUUCACCUAGAUACAGCCUUCCACAAUAUUUGCUUGCAACGGGCCCCAAUUUCUUAAAUCACUUUCAGGAAUCAAGUCAUGGCCAGCAGCAUCAUUUGCAGAAAAGCCAACAGAUGUGGUUUCCAUCUCAUUAAUCAUCAUAAGGGGAAGUGGAACACACAGAAGAGACCAGCUGGUACUCUGCUUGUUAUAGAAAACUUUGUCUCUGAUCCAAACCCCAAGCUUGCAAUGAAACACUGAAAUCCACAGAGCUGUCCAAAAAGCACAAAAGAAUGGAUUUGCUAGCAGUAUUUCUCCAGUUGUGUGCAUUAGUGUCUACAUCAAAACAGAAAUUUCAUGUGUAUGUGUGUGUGAUAACACCACCAUGAACAGUGAAAUACUUGAGUAAAGCAUUAUCCUGAAGAAAAUCAUAUUCAGAGGGGAAUGUCUCCUACUCCAUCAUGGGUCUGGAGCAGACCCAACCCUUCCCCUGCAACUCCUGUCCCUAUAUAUACAUUUGCCCAUGACUGGAUGGUAACUCCAGACUUUAUAAGGGGCUAAAACUUCCUCCAAGUGCCAGUGCAGAGAACCAGCAGUAUUACAGGAACUUCUUAUGUCUGAGACCUGCAGGUAAUUUAAUGUGUGAAAUAGGAGAUGGAGACAUAGAAUGGAGGCAAAUGAUUUGACAAGAAUGCAACACAGACUUUGUUGUGGGCACCAUCCUGAUGUAGUGUGUGUGUGUGUGUGUGUGCGUGCGUGUGCGUGCGUGCGCGUGUGUUCAAGUGUGACUGGCAACUGGCUCUAAAAGAAAUAAAUUUCCAUACAUGACUUGCUGUGCUAUAGACAUCAACAACCAUUAAAGACUGGUCUCUGUUAAGUGAUUCUACCAUUCAACCGUUUGUUGUUUCAUCCAUUUCUUCCACUCGUCUUAAGAUGGCACCUUCAUAAGACUGGCAAGACAGAAACUACAGAUCCCCCUUAAGAAGGCACAGCAUGCCUAGUGCCUAUUUGUUUUCUCAGCCACUGGAAGCCUUUCUUUCUUCAACUUUCAUCCAGCUUUCCGUCAGAUCUCAGCCUCUGAUAAUAACUCUUCAAGGUCUUGUUCUCAGUGUGUGAGGCUUUUGGGUUUUUUAAAAAUUAUGUCUGCCUUUGGUUACAUUUUGAUUUCAAUUCUGUAUAUGUGUUUAUGCUGUGCAGAGUUCAAGAUAUCAAGCCUGCUUUUUAAAAAGGACAUCUUUUGGGUGUCCAAGGAAACCUGAUCCUUCGUUCAAUCUCAAGAACUCUCAUAGCUUCCCGACGAUUUUCCACCUUAAAAUGCAAUGGGAACAGAGCGCAGGGAUUUCCUUCUGUGUGGAAUUUUAAAAGAGCCCCAUAGAGCUUCAGAAUAAGAAAAAGCUCUGUAACCUUUGUGGCAAAGGAAUCAAAGAGACCUAUCUGACAAUUGAGCCAGCCAGGUAGAUGGGUUUGUGGGAAGGAGCCUUCUAUGAUAGGACAAAUGCCUGUACAAUGGGACAUGAAACUCAUCUUUAAAAUGUUUUUGAUCAAUGGAAAGGUGGGAGGAGAAAAAGAAGAAUGAUACAGAAGAAGAGGGGAAAUGUUAACUUGUAAUAUGUAUUUUUACUACAAUUUUCUUAAAUAUAGAAUGGGGGGGGGGACCACCUUAAAGACACUGACAUUUUUCUCAACAAGAAUCCAUACUUAACAGUUUUGGCUUUCAUUAAAUUUUGCUCUUUGGUACCUGGA